GCCCCCCGCGCAUCUCCGUCCGUUUACCCACAAGUUGACCCCCGCCUGCGACGACGCCCGUCCCCGGCCCACGCGCGCCUCUCGUUCCCAGAGCCCGAGGCGGACCACACAACAGGAGCCAGCGCGCGCGCGCUCCUGCCCGGCCCGACGCCACCAGCCUACGAGCGAGGCACCGCUAUUCCCGGCCUGCGAAACCCAGGACCGUCUCGUCUGACCACUCCCCUGUUCGCCGCCAGUGAUUGCCCCCCGAGCCGCCUGAUCUCAUGGCCGUCGCGAGGCUGGUGGCCGCGCCAUUCCCCCUCGCCGCCGCCCGCGCCCGCGGCCCGCGGGCGCGGCUGCCGUUCGCGCCGCUCUCAGCGCGGCCCCUCUCCCGGCGCGCACUUGUGCCCGCUCUGCAGGUGGCGUCGGAGGGCAACGGCGGCGGCCUCGUCCCCGCCCGCCCGGACCAGGAGGCGGAGGACGCGGCGACGGCGCUGGCGCUGGCGCGGGUCGCGGUGUCGGAGCGCGCGGCUAGGAAGGAGUCGGAGCGGCGGACGUACCUGGUGGCCGCGCUCAUGUCCAGCCUCGGCAUCACCUCCAUGGCCGCCGCCGCCGUCUACUACCGAUUCGCCUGGCAAAUGGAGGGCGGCGAGAUUCCGGUGACGGAGAUGCUGGGCACCUUGGCACUGUCCGUGGGCGCCGCGGUGGGGAUGGAGUUCUGGGCGCGGUGGGCGCACCGGGCGCUGUGGCACGCGUCGCUGUGGGACAUGCACGAGUCGCACCACCUCCCCCGCGACGGGCCCUUCGAGCUCAACGACGUGUUCGCCAUCGUCAACGCCGUCCCGGCCAUGGCCCUCCUCGCCUUCGGCUUCUUCAACCGCGGCCUCGUCCCCGGCCUCUGCUUCGGCGCCGGUCUCGGGAUCACGCUGUUCGGGAUGGCCUACAUGUUCGUCCACGACGGCCUGGUCCACCGCCGCUUCCCAGUGGGCCCCAUCGAGAACGUGCCCUACUUCCGGCGAGUCGCCGCCGCGCACCAGAUCCAUCACAUGGACAAGUUCGACAGCGUGCCAUACGGGCUGUUCCUCGGCCCCAAGGAGCUGGAGGAGGUUGGAGGGACGGAGGAGCUGGAGAAGGAGGUGCAGAGGAGGAUCAGGAGGAGGCAGAAAUCAGACGCCAUGUAGUGAGGAUGCAUGCUAGCUGGAGUACUUACUCUUUUUUGUUUUUGAUAACAUGCCAGCUCUUACCUGCCUUGCAAUAUAUAGUAUAUAUGCAGAUUUUUUUCCUCUUCUUCUGAUUGGGAUUAGAUUUUGUGUCACUAGUUUAGUAGCCGGAAACGAAGGCGAGGUGCGUGAGGCCGGUCCGUGGAGCACACCGGUAUUAGAAAAAUGGCGUGCUAGUGAUAUGUGUAGUACUGUGUCCAUUACUAUUGUUAUAUCUUGCUGUAUCGUGCUGCUGACUGUAGUGAGACACUACUAAUAUACAGCUAGUAGUAAAAAGCUUUGUAUACUA